AUGGCCUCGGCGACAUCUGCUGAACUCAAAUCGGCCAUCUACCAUUGUCCCAUCAACGCUAGCUCUGAUCCAACACCUGUGAAGCCGCCAUCACAGGAAGCUCAGUACAUUACACAGGUGCCUAGGUCGCCUUGCAUCUCGCAGAGAGUCGACCUCGGUACUGUUUCGCAAACGGGCUCUGACGAAGUCGUCCAAGAUUCUCUUGAGUAUCAACGUCCAGCGCCUGUCCGUCGGCCCAGCACUCUACUCAACUUCCUCGAGCCUAGUGCGCCUGUUCACAACCAUCGGCCUGUCAAGGACUCGUGUGAGGAAGAGGUCAUCACCUCGAGCCAGCCAGCCCCGGUUAUCCUGCUGAGCUCCAUCGGAGCCCCUUCACAGGAGCAGCCACCUUCAGGAAACCACACUAUCGAGCGGGAUUCGGUCCAAAUUGCGCCGCCAGAGAACCUAUCACCUGAAAGCAACCAUCAGGAAGACUCAGACCAACCGCAACCUCUGAUCUCAUCUCAACAAAACGCUAUUACAGAGGCUUCGACGCAAGCACACGGUCUUGUACACGUUGAGGCAGCAAACGACGACGAAGACACAGCAGACUGUAUCACAGUCCGUCCUCGACCUGCCACCCCACCUGCCAAGCUAGACACCAGAACGAUUAGCUCUGCUAGAAUACCAUCUGAUUCUCUUGGGGUCGAACAUAUCAAUAGCGCAACUCCACUGAAUCGUACCGGAUCUUCCAACCUCAACGUUUCCGCCACCACUGGUCCCUCUACGCCCAGCAUGCCACCUAAAUCUUCGACUGACAAGAGCACCACCUCCGCGAGCCAAGCCCGAAAAGCAGCCAGCACAACUUUCAAGAAGUCAUCCAAACCUGCCCCGCCUCUUCCUGAUAUCGUCAACCAAGGCGAAACGUCGUCCAUUGCUCUUCUUCGACAGAAGAAGGCCGGGGAGACCAGCCAGACAAACACCACACGACAAGUAUCAGNNAGGCUGUGCCCAAGGCUGUCCCCAGAACUAAGAUUUCUCAGAAGACUUCAGCGCGGCCUUCUCAAGCCCCUGCAACUAAGCCUGCUCCCAAACCCGCACAACAACACCAAAGGUCGCGGCGAGUAUGACUUCUCGCCAGAUCCAGAUGUCGAUGAACAGUCUACCGUACUACAGCGUCCUGAAAAAGGAAAUCCUAGAUCGACCAGGGCCACAAAACCAACAGCUGCAUCCAUAACCCCCAGCAAGAAGCAUGUCAAAAGUCAGCCUAAGAAAAAGACUGCCAAGGUUCCAGCCAGUGAUGAGGAUGAUGAAGAUGAUGACGAUGAGGAAUAUAACGCACCCAAAACGCACAGGUCAAGAGCAGCCACCACGACGCGAGCAAGUACACGUGCUCAGACGCAAAAGGUCACCAAGAACGAUGGGCUCAACGUUUCCACUCGAAACGCUACAGCAAAUGAGGCCUCGAAGAAAGGGAAAUCUGUGUCACAAAAGACCGUACCGCCAAAUAGAGGAGAAGAGAUUGAAGACUUCGAGGACAGUGUGACUCACAUUAAUUCGGAAGGUGCUACUGGACCACAAUUCGCAACUCAAGUCCAGCCAGCGAUAUUUCCCAUAGUCGAGAAAGCGAAACCUCGACGCAGGACAGAAAAAGAGGCACAGCUCAUGCAAGCCAUCUCCAUGNCCGCAACUCCAGCCGUUACUCGGCCCAAGGGAAGAAAGGAAGCCCCCAUCCAAAAGAAACCUUCGAGUCCAGCGUAUGAACCCAUACCUCAGCAAGGCACCACGCAACGACAUCCCGUGAAUAUCGAUGACGAGGAUCUGAACCAAGACGAUGAAGAUGCCAUGAACCAAGGUCUCGAUGCCAGCUACAGCAAGAUCAUUAAUGAGGUGAUGAGCCAGAACACACAGGAGAAGCAAAAACNNUCCCCGACCACAAAUCGGCCUCUCGAGUUCCAAUUCGAAGUUGCCCACGAACCACCAACCCGGCCGUCUGUAGCCCAUACAGAUGACAGCCACUCCGGUAUUGACUCGUUGGCGCAGGAGCGUGCCCAGCGCAAGCCAAACCUCGUAGGCUUCGGAGUCAACGGUCCCAGAAAUCAGGGAUCGCGACACAGCAAGAAACCUUCCAUCCAUGACCCACCGUCCAGAGAAGCCUCUUCUCCAGAUGUUCAUCAGUUCGUUACAGAAGAGCUACCGGCCACCCUCGACGAAACGUCUGGUUCAAACUUAAAGUCAAACAAGGGACUCAACUUCGAUGCCCCUACAAUCCCUGCUCAUGCUGACACUGUCGCUUCUUUACUCUAUACUACAUCCGAUCAAAAUCCUGCGUUUGAACCAAAAGCAGCAAGUGGUCACCCUCGCAAAACUGCAGUGAGUGUUGAGGUCUCUGCAGGCAAAGGCGCGAGAUCAGCAGGAUCUGAGUUAUCAAUGAGACCAAUUGUUGAUGAUCACAAUCGUCCGAACACUCGAUCGAUGAGAGCCCUUACAGAAGAGAUGCCCCUGAACAAGAAGCAGACGGUUGUUCAAUCCACAGAUCAGUCUGGGCCCUUGGUCGAAGAUGUUCCUCAACAAAUAUCCAAGGAGCCUAGAAAACCUGACGAGAGGCUCCACAGAAACAAAGUCACGACCAAGUCUUUGGUACCGCUGGUGAAUGAGAGUGCACAAACCGAGUCUGACAUUGCAAGAGAGCCGACUCCCGUCGCCUUGGAGAAGUCGGUCGCCAAACCGUACACCCAAGCUUUGUCUACCCAGGAUGAUGCAACAGUGUCCCCUGAGAUUAUCCAGCCGCCACGUAUCGACAGACCGUCUAAGGCAAGUGGCAGUAAAACAUUAAUGCCCCCAGCAGAAGAUGGUCAGNGGAAGAUUACAAGAAGGAAUCUGCAAGUCAGCCAGACGGUACUGCCUGAACUCGAUCGAAAGCGGCCGUCUACUGAGAUGACUGGAGAACCUGCCAAACGUUUGAGAGCAGGCACUCGAGAUUCCCACAUUCGAUCGAUACAACCACUAGCAGCAACAAAUCCUGUCGUGCGAAGACUCUCUCAGGUCAAUGACAAUGGAUCUCCUAUCCCGUACGGAGAGGAUGCGCCUCGAGAGUCACCAAUGAUUCCUCAAGCAAGACAGAACAGGACGUUCGCUGCUUUACUCCCGCUUUCUUUCUUGACGUGUCAGACUACAGAUGACCCCUUCAUCCGAGUCGGGGCAUCGAAGCGUAAAGAGGCAAUCAGAUCAGAAAGUCCCUUGGAGGAGAUGCAUGCUCCACCACAGUAUUCCACAGGUCAGGUUUCGCAGGCCAUCGCGCACGCCGGAUUUGACGGAGACGCUCUGGUGACUGCUGAAUACACGCCAAUAUUUGAGCUUCAGAAGGACCCUGUGGGAGACACAUUCGCGGAACGGCAGGGAAGUCCGCCUCGGAGAGCUCACACUAUACAAAGAACGCUUGGCCUGGUGGAAGCUCUGCAGUCAAGGGUAAUCUCUGGAAAGAAUGCGCAAGGAGUCAGAGGAGAUGAUGAGAAAGACCCCGAAGGCGACGAACCAAUGGAAGAAGACGAUCUGGACAAGACACUUGUGAACGAAAGCUCGGAUGAUGGAGACGAUGAUGAUCACGAUGGCUCUGAAUCACGAGACUCGUCGGAUACAGAUGGCGAAAACGAACCGAAGAGCGCUCUGUCAAUGUGGAGAGAUGCGCUAGAAUCACACCAAGGAGAUGUCUACGAUCAACUGAUACGCAUAGCUCGUCGGUUGACGAACCAUCUGAAGGAUCAUGAGUCUGCUAUCAAGGACAUCAGCAACGACUACGAGAGAUAUGGAGUGAAACUCAUUGAGCGUCUCGAAAAGGACAAUGAAGCAAGACUCGAGCAGUAUUGCAUCAAGCGGACCAAGAUGCAAGAGAACUUUGUCAGGGGUCUUGAGCAAGCGCGUGGAGACCUCCGCAAAGACAUGAAAGACAUCGAAGCUAGCAGUGGGAGAUAUGUCAAGACGCUAUCGAAGCAAGUGGAUGCCAAGGGAAGACUGGAGCAGAUUUUGCAAGCUUAUCACCAGUGA